CUUUGACUCUAUUCCAUUUCACCAUUUCUUCACAGUUUUCUCUCGAAUCGUCUUUUUUAGAUCUAAAUCUCAUCGACAUGUCUUGCUACAAAGGAAAGUAUGCUGAUGAGCUUAUUGCCAACGCUGCUUAUAUUGGUACCCCUGGCAAGGGUAUUCUCGCUGCUGAUGAGUCAACCGGCACAAUUGGGAAACGUCUAUCCAGCAUCAAUGUUGAGAAUGUUGAGUCAAACAGGAGAGCACUUCGUGAGCUUCUUUUCUGCACUCCUGGUGCUCUCCAGUACCUCAGCGGAGUUAUUCUUUUCGAGGAAACUCUUUACCAGAAGACUGCUGCAGGCAAGCCAUUUGUUGAUGUCAUGAAGGAAGCUGGAGUCCUCCCUGGUAUUAAGGUUGACAAGGGUACCGUUGAACUUGCUGGAACCAAUGGGGAGACCACAACCCAAGGUCUUGACGGUCUUGCCCAGCGAUGUGCCCAGUACUAUACAGCUGGUGCUAGAUUUGCCAAGUGGCGUGCAGUCCUAAAGAUUGGUGACAAUGAGCCAUCCCAGCUUGCCAUCAACGAGAAUGCCAAUGGCUUGGCCCGAUAUGCCAUCAUCUGUCAGGAGAACGGUCUGGUCCCCAUCGUUGAGCCAGAGAUUCUUGUAGAUGGAUCCCAUGACAUUAACAAGUGCGCAGAUGUGACCGAGCGCGUUCUCGCUGCCUGCUACAAAGCUCUCAACGACCACCAUGUUCUUCUUGAGGGUACCCUUUUGAAGCCUAACAUGGUUACACCUGGGUCUGAUGCCAAGAAGGUUGCACCCGAAGUAGUGGCAGAGUACACAGUCCGUGCCCUGCAACGAACCAUGCCACCAGCUGUCCCAGCUGUUGUGUUCUUGUCAGGUGGUCAGAGUGAGGAGGAGGCUACCGUCAACCUCAAUGCCAUGAACCAAUACAAGGGAAAGAAGCCAUGGAGCCUAUCUUUCUCGUUUGGACGUGCCCUGCAGCAAAGUACCCUCAAGGCUUGGUCUGGGAAGUUAGAGAAUGUGAAGAAAGCUCAGGAUGCAUUCCUUGCCAGGUGCAAGGCCAACUCUGAGGCUACUCUUGGGACAUACCAGGGCAGCGCUGGGUUGAGCGAGGGUGCUUCCGAAAGCCUCCACGUUAAGGACUACAAGUACUGAGGUUUGUCAUCCGAUUUAUUCGGUAAUUCUUCUCUGAUUUAUGUUUGUUUUUCUGACAAUUUUGUCUGAAAGAGGUGGCUUUUGUGCCCUUAAAACUUAUUUCUAGCUUUGUGUUCUAUUUUGAAGUUGUGGUGUAGGGAUGGUUAUAAUAAGCAUGAGAAACAUCUGCAUGUUUGAGGUUUGAUUAUAUUUUGAAUGGUUUAAGGCUUUCAUGCUUAUUUUGUUC